CCGAGACAUUAUUGUUUACUGAAUAAGUUUAAUUUGCAUUCACGCAUUUCACGGAAAUACUUGCUGCCGAGUAUAGAAACAUUUGCGUGUGUUAAUUGUGUAGAACAGAGUUUUCGGGCUUUGACUUUCUAAUGUCGGAACCCCUGAACAAGCUCGGUUACCGUGGGGGAAGAAAUUGACUKAAACACCAGCUCGACCAAAGCUGAUGCAAGUUGAAUGAGUGAGCUGUCAGCCGUGUGUGGAUAACAUAAUAAGUGAYACUGAGGAGAUGACAGAUUGUCAAGAUGGAGAAGGAGCCAAGACUCCGAUGGAGCUUUACAAGAGACUGAAUGAACAAGGAGAAAAAGUCAGGUCCUUAAAAACAGCCAAYGCAGAGAAGGCUGACAUCGAUGCUGCCGUCCAGAUGCUGUUAAAGCUGAAAACAGACUACAAACAGGUAACCGGUCAGGAUUAUAAAGCAGGAUGUCCGCCAUCAGAAAACAUGGUUGUGCUAGAUAAUGGACCAGCGACAGACGGUGCAGAUGAAGACGACACAGUUGACCCGUGGAAUGUUUCAACCACCAGCGCCAAGGGAGUAGAUUACGACAAACUCAUAGUGAGGUUUGGCAGCAGUAAGAUUGAAAAAGAACUGGUGGAUAGAAUUGAAAAAGUCUCUGGACAGAAACCUCAUCGCUUUCUACGAAGAGGAAUCUUCUUCUCGCACAGAGAUAUGCAUCAGGUACUCGAUGCAUACGAGAAGGGCAAGUCUUUCUACCUUUACACUGGCCGGGGUCCUUCCUCUGAAGCCAUGCACGUUGGUCACCUCAUCCCCUUCAUUUUCACGAAGUGGCUUCAGGAUGUUUUUGAUAUCCCCUUGGUGAUCCAGUUGACGGAUGAUGAGAAAUACCUGUGGAAGGAUCUAACUUUAGAAGAAUGCCGCCGUUUUGCCGUUGAAAAUGCCAGAGAUAUUAUCGCCUGCGGCUUUGACAUCAACAAGACCUUCAUUUUCUCAGAUCUCGACUACAUGGGUGCGUCCCCCGAGUUCUACAGAAAUGUGGUGAAGAUUCAGAAACACGUGACGUUUAAUCAGGUUAAGGGCAUCUUCGGCUUUACAGACAGUGACUGCAUAGGAAAGAUCAGCUUCCCAGCUAUCCAGGCAGCGCCAUCUUUCAGCAACUCUUUCCCUCAGAUCUUUGGAAGCAGAAAAGACGUACAGUGCCUCAUCCCUUGUGCCAUAGACCAGGACCCAUACUUCAGGAUGACGCGUGACGUCGCGCCAAGGAUCGGCUACCCUAAACCAGCCCUGCUGCACUCCACCUUCUUCCCCGCCCUGCAGGGGGCGCAGACAAAGAUGAGCGCCAGCGACAUGAACUCCUCCAUCUUCCUCACCGACACUCCAAAGCAGAUCAAAAACAAGAUAAACAAACAUGCAUUCUCUGGAGGAAAAGACACGGUGGAGGAGCACAGGAAGUACGGCGGCAACCCAGACGUAGACGUCUCGUUCAUGUAUUUGACUUUCUUCCUUGAGGAUGAUGAACAGUUGGAGAAAAUCAAACAGGACUACACGAGCGGAGCUCUCCUAACAGGAGAACUUAAGAAGAUUUUGAUUGAAACGCUGCAGCCGAUGAUUUCCCAGCACCAGGAGAAACGCAAACAAGUCACAGAUGAGAUAGUGAGGCAGUUCAUGACACCUAGGCCUUUGAAUUUUAACUUGUAGCCCAGCGGCGCGUCAAAGAUCCAGCUUCAUCAGAAUCACUAGAACUAUCAGGAGCUUCAUGUCAAACCACAGGUGGCACCGCUCUUCCCUCAUGCUGCUCGUCAGGUUUAGCUACGUGACGUAUAAAUGAUUAAAGDGGAGCCUUUUAAAACCUGCUUAACUAGCAUCAGCACAACAACAUGUAUGCACUGUGUAAGGAUGCAUUUGCGUUGUUAACAAUAAAUGCUAAUAUAAAUUUAA